UCUGACGACAUUUUGAUUUCUGAUUGUCGGUUUUUUGUUUUGAUUUGUAUUUUGUUUACAAAUUGAAGUCUUAAUUAUCUAUUUUCCUGAAGUGUAAUUAUUUAAAUUUUCAAAACUAAUUUUAUUUUUAAUUUAAGCUUUUUAUUUAUUAAGUUGUUUAUUGAAUAUUUAUCUGUGACACAAAUUCUAUACAAUGGCUGCAGUAGCAAAUAAACCAAAAUCUGAAAUGACUCCCGAAGAGUUAGCUAAACGUGAGGAAGAAGAAUUUACUACAGGUCCUAUGUCUGUCCUGACUCAAUCUGUUCGUAACAAUACUCAAGUACUGAUCAAUUGUCGUAAUAACAGAAAACUUUUGGCAAGAAUCAAAGCUUUUGAUCGACAUUGUAAUAUGGUAUUAGAAAAUGUACGAGAAAUGUGGACUGAAUUACCUAAGACUGGAAAGGGCAAGAAGAAGGCAAAAGCAGUUAGUCGAGACAAAUAUAUUUCAAAAAUGUUUCUACGUGGUGAUUCAGUUAUUUUAGUUGUCAAGAACCCUAAAGAAGCUGUUCGUCAACAACCCCCAGCUCCUUGAAAUAUAUAUUCCACUUUGUAAGAAUUAGAUUUAAGCAAAUUUCCAUAAAAUAUGUAUAUAUUGAUUAUUUUACUUCAUUGUAAUAUAAAUUUAAAAAAACUA